AUGGCGUCCCUCACGCCGGGAGUCCUGCUGAAGCUGCUCCAGUCGAUGAACACCGACACUAGGGUUGCCGGGGAGCAUCGAUCGGCGCUCUUGCAGGUGAUCGGCAUCGUGCCGGCCCUAGCCGGGCCGGAUCUCUGGCCCAGCCAUGGCUUCUACGUCCAGCUCUCCGAUUCCGCCAACUCCACCUACGUCUCCCUCUCCGAUCGCGACUCCGACGUUAUCCUCUCCAACCGCGCGCAGCUCGGCCAGUUCGUCCACGUAGAGCGCCUCCAUUUUGAGGGAUCCCCCGUCCCCCGCGCAUACGGCGUCCGUCCCAUCCAUGGCCGCCCUCACCCCUUUGUGGGGAGUCCCGAUCCCCUGGUUGUCCAGGUUUCUCCGAGCGGCGACGGCUUCCUCAUCCAGCCCGCGACAUCAGCCGAGCAUGGCAAUGGCGGGGCACCGCCGCCACCGCCCCCUACCAUUACCACGCAGCAGCUGCCGCUUCAGGUUGUGUCCAGGAAUUCUGACGACAGGAGUGGCCCAGUUACCAGGGCGGUGUUUGCAGCGAGGGAAAACGUGGCCCCUGCCAGGGGGCAUGAGAAUGUCACGACGGCGGCAGCGACAAAGAGGCGGUUCUCAUCUCCCGCUUCUGUGAAAUCAUCGUCGAGGAAGAGUGUGGUGACUGCGCCAGAACGGGAUCCUUCUCCGGCGGGUAGGGCGCCUUCGAGGCCGUCGUCUCCCGCCAUGGGACGGGCUAAUUCUAGAGCUUCGUCGCCUGUUCCGUCUAAAUGUGAGGUGCCAAGCCUAGUCGCCGCAAAGGAGGACAACCGUCGGACGACGAGGGAGCCUGCCAUUGUAGUCCCGUCAAGGUAUCGGCAUCCAUCACCUGCGGGCGGACGGAAGGCUGCUUCACCAAUGGGGCGGCGGAAUUCCAUGUCACCGGGGAGGAGAUUGUCCGGCGUUCUAAAGCUCUCACCGAUGGCUGGAGAGGGGGGCAACAAGAAGAAGAUAUCGGCCAUUGCUGCGGGUAUAUCGAAAGCGUCUGAUGCUUUGAUGGUGUCCAUGAGAUCAUCCCGUAAGAGCUGGGACGAUACGUCAUCAAAUGCUUCAGAGACGAAGGAGAAGACGGGAUCGAAGAACGCGGUGGAUAAACAAGCCAUUCUGCGAACUCAGGUUCACCAUCAUUUUUUGCUUCCAGCUUUCCGUUCGUACUACUUUUGUUCCCCGUCAUCGUCUUGAGUAUCCAUUGAGAGUGCAGGAGAAGUAUUGAAAAAAAGUUCCGGAGUAUAAUUCCAUUGGAAAACCAUUGGGAUUCAAUUGUGGGCAUUGAUAUUGCAAUUCAGAUUGAUCAUCCUUCUCCGUAAUUUUCCCAUAAAUUCUUUCUAUUUAUGCCGUCGUCGAUUUUCUCAUUGAAAAAUCUCGCGAAAGAUCCCAUGUUUCUGCGCUGUGAUCUUUUAUUUUCAUUGUCUUCGUUGAUCCCUCGUAAAUCAUGCAUUUCUCUUUGCCAAUUAAAUGCACCCUUAGAUCGCCAUAUCAAGGCGUUUGAGUGAUGUCGGGGGAGAACAAGAAUCCGAGGGCGAGCAGACGCCAAUCGACGAAAAGCCCAGGGCCAGCUGCAACAACGAAUUAUCCGCUGUACCUGAUAAGCCAAGCCGAGGGGCCCCAAGAAUCACAGUCCACGACAGAAAAUGGACUGAUGGCAGCAUCCCACUCGAUGCUCUCUCGGAUAACCUUGUGAAGCUCGGGAAGGUUGGUGGGGCACUGAAGAUCUUACCUCAUGGCAUUUUCUUUAAUAAAAUCUGGGAUAGAAAGAUGAGUUCUUCCCUCCCCCGGGGAAAACCUUCGGAAUCUGGAAAACUUUUCUUUAAUCGAUAUUCUUCACGACCUCUGAAUGGCGCAGGAUGCUUUGCAUAGGAGAAGCGUUGCCUUUGCAGCUGCGGCUGAAGCUCUGGAGGAAGCAUCGGCGACCGAGUCUAUCGUAAGAAGCCUCAGGUAAACCCGGAUUCCGCUCUCCGGAAUGUGCUCUCUUCCCCUCUUCGUGAUCUGUAGUUUGCUCACAUUCCUCUCAUGGUGGCAGCAUGUUCUCCGAUCUGUGUUCAUCCUCGAGAGCUGGAAAGCCUCUUCCAACAGUCGAUCGCUUCCUAUCGAUCUACGGAGAUGCCGUCAAGUGGACUGCGGUGGCGGAGGCCCUGGCCGCCCACCGGGCCAAUUCUCUGCCGAGAGACGCCCUAUGCGGUGACCGAUACAAGUCUAUACAGCUCUGGAUCGACGCCGCAUUAGCCACUGAUCUCGAGGUCGUCUCCUUGCUGAAUGCUGGAUCAGGAGGGCCUGGAAAGCUGAAGAGCUCCGAGAAGCUCCUGAAUUCUUGGAGGAUUUCCCCUUCCUCCGCCGAGCCGCCGGCAAGAUCAUCGUCGGGCCUGCCCAGGAAGAGCUCCUCCCUGGGGACGCCAUCCAAGAAUGCAAAGGUACCGGCUCAAAACCCUGUUAAGAAUGUGUGGUGGUCAACGGGAGGGUGCGGAGUUGGGGAGACGCUGGAGCUGGCCCACGCGCUUCAGCGCGAGAUGCAGGUCUGGUUCUUGAAGUUCGUCGAGGAAGCGGUGGCCGCCGGCUUCCAACUCACCGGCGACGGAGGCGAGACCCCGCCCUACGACAAUGCUCGGAUUGCUGCCGUCCUCUCCCGUUUAAAGCUGGUAAACGACUGGCUGGACGCCGUGGGGCACACGCCGGAGGACCCCAUGAGAGGCGCCAUUGAACAGUUGAAGAGGAAGAUCUACGAGUUCGUUCUACAGCAUAUCGGGUCCUCCUUCGACAGCUCUGUAUCGCUUGCAACUUGA